UCUUCCAGAGUAUUCACCAAAAAUCUGUUUCUCAGGUCACAGUCAGGAACAGGGAAGACAGCAACGUUCUCCAUCUCUGUUCUGCAGUGCCUGGAUAUACAGGUUCGUGAGACCCAGGCGUUGAUCUUGGCACCAACUCGGGAGCUGGCUGUACAGAUUCAGAAGGGUCUUCUUGCUCUGGGAGACUACAUGAAUGUCCAGUGUCACGCUUGCAUUGGAGGGACCAACGUUGGCGAAGAUAUCAGAAAACUGGAUUAUGGGCAGCAUGUUGUUGCUGGCACUCCAGGCCGUGUGUUCGAUAUGAUUCGUCGUCGAAGUUUAAGGACUCGGGCCAUCAAAAUGCUGGUUUUGGAUGAAGCAGAUGAAAUGCUCAAUAAAGGUUUUAAGGAGCAGAUUUAUGAUGUGUACAGAUACUUGCCUCCAGCGACACAGGUGGUUCUGAUCAGCGCCACUUUGCCUCAUGAAAUUCUGGAGAUGACCAACAAAUUCAUGACAGACCCCAUUCGCAUCUUGGUGAAACGUGAUGAGUUGACCCUUGAAGGAAUCAAGCAGUUUUUCGUGGCUGUGGAGAGGGAAGAAUGGAAGUUCGAUACCUUGUGCGAUCUCUACGACACGCUCACAAUCACCCAGGCUGUCAUCUUCUGUAACACCAAGAGAAAGGUAGACUGGCUCACGGAGAAGAUGAGAGAGGCCAACUUCACAGUUUCAUCCAUGCACGGGGAUAUGCCACAGAAGGAGAGGGAGUCCAUCAUGAAAGAGUUCAGAUCUGGUGCAAGCCGAGUCCUUAUUUCAACAGAUGUUUGGGCUAGAGGCCUGGAUGUGCCGCAGGUGUCCCUGAUCAUUAACUAUGACUUACCGAACAACAGAGAACUCUACAUCCACAGAAUUGGCCGGUCAGGCAGAUACGGCCGAAAAGGUGUAGCGAUCAACUUUGUGAAGAAUGAUGACAUCCGCAUCCUGCGAGACAUUGAGCAGUACUACUCCACCCAGAUAGAUGAGAUGCCCAUGAACGUUGCUGAUCUUAUCUGAAGGUCCAUGGUUACCAGGGAGUUGUACUAUUUGGUAGCCUCCGUAAUUCUGGUUUGGAUCCACAUCCUUUUUAUCAUAUUGCUGGUCGUAUGGUCUUGAGUUGAGCUGCACUUGAGAGUUGUGUAAAUAAUGUCCUUAGCUCCCACCCAUGUUUUUCAAUAAAAAAAAGGAAGUUUUACCAUAA